AUGUCUUCCAAGCAAGGUGGAAAGGCAAAGCCUUUGAAGCAACCCAAGUCCGAGAAGAAAGACUACGAUGAGUCUGAUUUGGCUAACCUUCAGAAGAAAAAAGAUGAGGAAAAGGCACUGAAGGAGCUUAGAGCCAAGGCACAACAGAAGGGAUCUUUUGGAGGUGCUGGGCUCAAGAAAAGUGGGAAGAAAUGA